CGAGCUCUCCCAUCAUGGCUGCGCCCUGUGUUGUGUUCUGAAGAGGGUUCGUGUCGCCUGGCCUGGACUUGUGCCCACGCUGCAAUAUGAGGAAGCCCCAGAGACAAGGAAAGUUGCAUCCUCCUCAAGAUGACCUUUUGAGUUCCUGCUGCAGGGGCCGCAUAGAGCUGGGGGAUGUAACGCCCCACAACAUAAAGCAGCUGAAAUUGCUGAACCAGGUGGUUUUCCCUGUGAGUUACAAUGACAAGUUUUACAAGGAUGUCCUAGAAGCUGGGGAACUGGCAAAGUUAGCAUACUACAAUGACAUGGUGGUUGGUGGUGUAUGCUGCCGUGUGGACAUACUGGACGGUCAGCGACGACUCUACAUCAUGACUCUUGGCUGCCUUGCCCCCUACCGCCGUCUGGGCAUUGGCACAAAGAUGCUGGAACAUGUUUUAAAUUAUGUUGAAAAAGAAGGCAAUUUUCACUCCAUAUUCCUGCAUGUUCAAGUGAAUAAUGAUGGAGCGUUAGAUUUCUACAAGAAGUUUGGCUUUGGAGUGGUGGAAACAAAGCAGCAUUAUUACAAGAGAAUUGAGCCUGCAGAUGCCCAUGUUCUUCAGAAAACCCUUGUCAAAUCCUGAAUAUCAGUUAAGUAUAAACAUCACUAGAAACUUGAUAAGGACUGGUAAAUAGAAAAAACAAAAGUUUACUGUGAGUGUGAACUCUGUAUAGUAUUUAAAAAGAAAUUAUCCAGUGUUUUCAACUGUAUUUGCCUCAUGCUGAGGUAGACAUUUGUAUAAAAAACAAACAAAUAAGAAAGCCUGAUAUAAUGGCCAUUGCAAGCCACAAACUGAAUAUAGAGAGGAAUCAGUUGUUUAUCAAAGACUAUAUAUAAUGGAAAGACAAGCAACAAAAGCCUUUGUUCACAACUGCAAUAUGUACUUGGUUAUGUGCACUGUUGUUUCCUUGUGAUUUGAAAGUGAUAUGCAUUGUGAACAAGUCAUUUAUAAGAAGUCAGUUUUACAGUAAAAGACGGGCUUUUGAAGGAAGUUAAAAAGGUAGUAGCAUGUUCAGGAAUGAUAUCCCUGUAGAAUGAAAGGAAGCUAUGAUUAGGAUUUUUUAUUUUAGAUUUGGUUUGAUUAUGAAUUGCCCCAUUGAUUUGGUAUCACCUUGUGGAUAGAAGGAAAAUGCUUUAGGUAUUCUUAUAUUGUAAUACCUCUUAAUCACGUAGUCAUUGUUGUCCAUUUGAAAGGUGAUCAGAUCUUAUCUCAUUUGCCCAAAGCCUUGGUUAUAGGAGGUUUACUAUUCUUUAAUCUUUUUACUUAAUGAGGCUCAAGUGCUGAAUAUAUGUGGAAACUUGAUGCUCAUGCAAAACUUUAUAAUCUUUCUACAUUUUAAGUCACAUUUAUAGCAACACUCUAAAACUGAAUUGUCUUGCAUUGCUGACUUGUUGUUUUUAUAAGAUUGAAAUAUAUGAAAUCAGUUAAGAGUAUAAA